CGUGUGAUGCUGUCUUCAGGAAGAGUGAGGGAAAAGUCAUUGAAACCCGACUGCUACAAAAGCUGUGAAAUUCCUGGCGGAGAUUCUGCUUUCGGACUGAUGGGAUAAGGUUCUCGGUAUGUAUCUCGUGAUGUUUUCCUCUUUAUAUAUGGCCAUUUCAAGCGCUCGGUUGCUGGUCAUCGGUGGGUGCGUGCAGUGCCGGGAGGAGGCUGCGGGCGCCGCUGUUGACCGAGGAGGAGCGGUCGGGAGGUGGGAGCGGUGGAGGCAGCCCCGCCCGCUGCGGCGCGGCUCGCUGUCUGUCUGGGGUCUGUCUCGGCGGGCGGCGGGCUGCGAGCGUCCCCGCGGUGCGGAGCCGCGGUGCAGCGAGGCGGAGGGGCCGGCGGCGGCACCGGGCGGCAGCGGCGGUGCGGAGCCGGAGGCUGGGCCGGAGGCGGAGAGUGCUGUGUCUCGGCUGCGGGGCGGUGUGUGCGGGGCGGCGGCGGCGAUGCGGGCGUUGGGGAAGCGGUGGGGCCGGCGGGAGCGAGCGCUGCUGUGGUGCGUGCUGGGGGCGGUGUGGGAGGCGGCGUGGGGGCAGCUGCGCUACUCGGUGCCCGAGGAGAUGCCCAAGGGCUCCUUCGUGGGCGACGUGGCCAAGGACCUGGCGCUGCAGCUGCCAGCGCUUCGCGAACGCGGGGUUCGCCUCUUGAACAGAGGUAGAAUACAGCAUUUUGAGUUGCACAGGAAGACGGGACAUUUAGUGACGGCGGAGAGGAUCGACAGAGAGCAGCUGUGCCGGCUGGUGGAGAAAUGCGUGCUGCGCUGUGAAGUGGUAGUGGAGGGGGACAUGCAAGUUUACGGAAUGGAAGUGGAAAUCACGGACAUUAACGACUACACACCCAGCUUUGAAGAGUCAGAAACGCAAGUGAGGAUGAGCGAAAUGACAGCCCCGGGAUCUCGAUUUUCCCUACCUGAGGCUCACGACCCAGACUUGGGACGGAAUUCCGUACAGAGCUACGAGCUGAGCGGCGACGAGCACUUCUCGCUGUCGGUACAGGCGGACCCCGGCGGGGCUGAGCGUCCCGAGCUGGUGCUGGCCAAGGCUCUGGACCGGGAGGCAGCGGCAUCGCACGAUCUGGUGCUGAGGGCGAUGGACGGCGGCGAGCCAUCCCGGACGGGCACGGCGCGUCUCCGCGUGACGGUGCUGGACGCCAACGACAACGCGCCCGUGUUCAGCCAGGCGGAGUACACGGUGCGUGUGCCGGAGGACGUGCCCGUGGGCUCCACCCUCGUCACCCUCACGGCCACGGACGCCGACGAAGGGACCAAUGGGCACGUAAAAUACUCUCUGAAGAAAAUCACAGGGAAAGCUUCGAAUGUCUUCCAACUGGACAGCCAGACAGGAGUGAUGAAAUUGUUACGGAGCCUGGACUUCGAGGAAGGCGAAUCCUACGAACUGGAAGUGCAGGCACAUGAUGGAGGAGAACUCUUUGACACGGCCAAAGUUACCAUCACAGUGACAGACGUGAACGACAACGCGCCCGAUCUGACAGUUUCCUCCACUCUGAAUGAGAUUUCAGAGGAUGCCCCGCCGGGGACGGUGGUGGCUCUGCUGCACGUCCAGGACCUGGACUCAGGACCUAACGGUGAGGUGCGGUGCAGCAUGGCCGAGACUGUCCCGUUCCGUCUGGAGAAGUCGUUUGAGGACUACUAUCGCGUGGUGACGUCACGGGAGCUGGACCGGGAGGAGGUGUCGGAGUAUAACGUGACGGUGCGGGCGUCGGACGGCGGGACGCCGCCACGGUGGAGCAGCGCGGUGUUGUGCCUGCGGGUGCUGGACGUGAACGACAACUCGCCGGUGUUCUCGGAGGCGCGGUACAGCGCCCGCGUGCGGGAGAACAACGCGGCGGGGGCGCUGCUGCUGCGGGUGCGGGCGCGGGACGCGGACUGGGGCACGAACGCGCGCGUGCGGUACCGCCUGUGUGAAGGCGUCGUGCGGGGCGCGGCGCUGUCGUCGUACGUGUCGGUGGAGGCGGAGACGGGCGCGCUGUACGCGCUGCGGUCGUUCGACUACGAGGAGGUGCGCGAGGUGGGGCUGUGGGUGCGGGCGGAGGACGGCGGGUCGCCGUCGCUGAGCAGCAACGCGUCGGUGCGCCUGGAGAUCGUGGACGAGAACGACAACGCGCCGCAGGUGCUGUACCCGCCGUCGUCGGGCUCGGGCUCGUCGGGGUCGGUCGUGGAGCUGGCGUCGCGGUCGUGGGAGCCCGGCUCGCUGGUGGCCAAGGUGGUGGCGGUGGACGCGGACGCGGGUCAGAACGCGUGGCUGUCGUACGAGCUGUGGAAGGCGACGGAGCCGGGGCUGUUCCGCGUGGGGCUGCACAGCGGCGAGGUGCGCACGGCGCGCUCGGCUCUGGCCCGCGACGCGUCGCGGCACAGCGUGGUGGUGGUGGUGAAGGACCACGGGCGGCCGGCGCUGUCGGCCACGGCCACGCUGACGGUGGUGCUGGCCGAGAGCGUGGCCGAGCUGCUGUGGGAGCUGGGCAGCGCGGCGGCGGCCGUGCCGGGCGAGGCGUCCGGCGGGCUGACGCGGUGGCUGGUGGUGGCCGUGGCGGCCGUCUCCUGCCUCUUCCUCGCCUUCCUGCUGCUGCUGCUGGCGCUGCGCCUGCGCCGCUGGCGCCGCUCGCAGCUGCUGCCGCCGCCGGGCAGCGGAGCCUUGCGCGCCGUCCCGGGCUCGCCCUUCGUGGGCCUCGACGGCGUGCGCGCCUUCCUGCGCUCCUACUCGCACGAGGUGUCGCUCACCGCCGACUCGCGCAAGAGCCGGCUCCGCUUGUCGCCCGACAGCGCCUGCGACACGCUGCCGGCCCGCCCGCCGCCCGCCGAGCCCAAGCCGCUGCUCGACGAGGACCCCGACGCCGCCCGCCGCGCCCCCUCUGCCGCUGCCCCGGUGAGUUAA